UGUGCCUUUGAGGAAAAGGGGAAAGCAAAGGACAGUACGCUUGAAUUUCUGUAGUGUACAUGAGUACAAGCUCAAAUCUGGUGCAAAUGGCUGAAAACCCUGAAGACCCCCUUGUAUUGUUGGAGAUCCUGGAGGUGUUAGGUGCAUGCCGUGGAAGCGUAACGUAUGCAGAUAUUUGUGUCUAUCUGAGUGGACACUUCAGCCUGCAGCCGCUUUUAGAUUUACGGAGUCUCUUAUACUCCACCGCCUGUAGAGACCCCUGUUUCCCUGCCACCCUUUUCCGAGAGCGACUUCACCCACCCUGCAGCAACCGGCUUUCGGCGGCCGCUGAUGUCGUCUCCCUGUUCAACCUGCUCAUGCACACCCGGAUGGCUCCUACAUACACUCAGAACCUUCAGUCUUUGACGCCCUGUCAGGUCUGUGGGAAGGGAUUUGUGCGUUACGACUGGCCGGCCGUCUUACCCGUCACAGGAGGAGGCACCGCCUCUGAGGACUGUAAAUAUGAGAACCUGCCUUGUGAAGCAUUCAGUCAUAACACAGAGGCUUCACAUGCUCAGAUCACCUCUGCGUUGGUCGCUCAUCCCCACUCACACAUGCACAACCGGGACAGCAUGCAGAAAUCACAUUCUGGGGAGAUUUCCAUUGACGUGGAUGAUCAGGAGACUGGCAAGCCACCGGCGACCAAUCAGGAAACCCGCGUCGCUCAUUCAAGCUCCCAGAAGAGGAGUGCCUUUAAAAAGGGGCUCCACAAAAUUCCACUCAUAUCCGUGGAAAGUGACGGCCAAUGGACCCAGGGCCAAAGCCCAGAUGGACCAAGAUCAGAUAGUGAGGACUUGAUAUACGCUUCCCAAAAGAACCCCUAUCCAGACGCCACAGCAUACUCAAACGACUACUACAACCCAGCAUCGCAUGCGCAAGACUAUUCGUACACUCAUUUGAAGGUACCUGAACUGGAUGCACACGUGGCCGACACUCAAUCCUACGAUGAUGCCGCAAACCCCUACGACCCUCAGACUCAGUGGCGUCAGGCGAAGCACGAGAGUUUGGACGAGCUCCAGACGUCCACCUACUUCGGCCCUUCGAUCUCCAGCCAAAAGCACCAAACCCCUGCUCUUCAAAUCAAAAGUCACAGCUUGGACAUCGACAGCAGGACGGCGGACGAAAGCCUUGAGCAGGAAACGACGAGGUUGCAGAAACCCAGAUCAGAGCGGUCUGUCUUAGAGAAGUCUGGAUUACGAAAGCCAGGAUCUGUUAAACUUAGCUUCGACGGAUCAAGCUUUGACGUUCCAGGUUUUGAUCCUCGCAUCGUCAAUUCGGUGCGGGAUACCUUCAAGCGGCUGAGCGGCAUGAGUUUAGACGCAUGGUACGAUUGGUCACCGAGCAUUGAUGGCAUGGUUAGCAUAGGCACCCAAACGGAGCCUGCAGAUCGGCGCGCUUUACGAAGCCUCAUGCUUGCCGAUAAACUCUCCAUCGACAACCCUGACAUUGGCGAGGAUGACAUCAGCGCCAUAUUCCGUUUCCUAGACGACAUUAGCAUGUGUGGCUCCAUGGCAGUGCUGCCAGGGGAAGGAGGCGGGGCCCAAGAAGGGGGCGGAGCCGGGCUUCCAGAGAGGCGUGAACGUUUGGGAAAGUUAAGGAGGUUGUUUCACUCCUUGGAGGCACCAGAGGAGGGCGUUAGAUGGGGCGUGGGGCGCCUGCUCCAACGAGUCACGGAGCUGGAGCAGCAGCUAGAGCCGAUCGCAGAGCUACGUGAGCAGCUGGGCCUCGUGCUCUCCACGCUGAACCGUCUGGAAGAGCGGGAGCAGGUUGCAUGCCCACACAUACAUCAAAUGCACAUACAGCCACAGCUCACACCAAGGCCUAGCCUGCAGCAACAGCAGGGCUCCCCGAGGACCAAUUUAGUGGCAGAGGGCGUCAACGAGGCAGCAGCGAAACGCAGACGGCUGUUUGUGCGCAGGACAUCCAGGAGCCACACAGAGAGCAGCGGAUCAGAAGCCCCCAGAGAGUGGAGCAUCAGCUUCAGCAAGGAGCCACACAUACAGUCUGUUAAGUCGGAUCAUUUAGGUGGAGUACAUAAAAGAGAGGGCUCUGUUGUGCAGGAAGUGAUGGGCUUUCACCUUAUGCCACCUGAGACCCACAAUGCACCACGCCGCACAUCUGUCCAUAGCAUUACCCAGCAUGUGACUGAACGCCCCAAAGUGACCUGGAGCCAAUCAGACUUAACACCGCUGGAUCUUCAGGCCCCUGAGUCUUCGGAGUUCUGGACGGAUGAAAUUUACACACCAGCUUCCGACACGCUCCUGCGGCGUUCGCAUUCGUACAUCCGUUGUAACAGGAACCAAGCGUACCGCAUCGCUGCCCUCAGCAUCACUGCCACCAUCAUCCUCAUCCUCAUCAUCGUCAUUCCAGUCAGCACCGUGUAAUGUACAUACAGUCACAUGACACGCCUGAGGCUACAUUGAAUGGUACAGUAUGUGUUUAUUAGAUAAGGUUAUCUAGAUUUUAAUGAACGCAUGAAUUCUUCAUAAACUUAAUUCAAGAAGCAUGGCAGACUGUCCCAGUGUAAAACCUAUGCAAAAUAGACUGCAUUUCCUGAAACCUGGGUCUUUUUGGAGUUUCCCUACCUUUAGUGUUGUUUGAAUUUAAGCAGGUUUUCAGUUAAACGCUUAUUCUGCACUUCAUGGCUCGCGGACGUUCCGGUAUGCCCUCUUUGUUGACGGACAUUGGGGAGUUCCCAUUAGUCUAAUGUAAUUCUGCUGAAACCUGAGACGGCAGCCACUUGCUCACACAGCGGCACAUGCUUUCCACAUUCUUGCAUUCCAUUUAAAUGUUUGGAAAAUCCAUUAUUAGUUGCAAAUUUACAUGCAACUGCCCUUUAGAUCUGCUAAAUGUCCCCGUACGUGUUUUCGUUUGAUCCAUAUUCUUUACUACUAACCUGAAUUUGUGGUGAACUCGAUCACUACCAAAAUAGUGCUCCAAAACAUAACAUCCUGCCUCACAAAAGCUUAAAAGAAAAGGAAAACAAGCCUCCAGAGAUCCAGAAUGGAUGCAUGAUGGUGGAUCAAUACCGGCACACAUUUUCAAUUUGCUGAACAAAAGCACACUAAAGUUUUAAUGGGCUGUGAUGGGACUGAGUGAGGGAGGGAGGGGAGAGGCCGAGAGGAAGGAGCGUUUGUCCUCUUUUAUUGAGCCUGGAGCUCACUGAGUCCUACUUCUGUCUGCUGCAGCUGAUUAAUGAGUGAUUUGCUCAGGUAAAAGGGUUUCCCAUUGGAACUGAUGGGAUUUUAUCAUGCAGUUUGAUCUGAGAUCGCUAUUGUAAUUCAUCUUGCGCUACACACUAGAGAGGGAAUGAUACCUCAAUCAAUCACUUUUCUAAAUGAUCAGAUUUGGUAUCACAGGCCAGUAAGCAAUCACCUACAAAAACAAGCAAAGUGCAGACAGCCGCUCAGACCAACUUAGCAAAUGCAUAAUAAGCCUUGACAAUGCUUUCAACAGCUGAAAACUGUAAUGUGAUGACAAUUGAAUGAGAUGUCCUAUUUUAAGGAGGCUAUGUGGGAAAAGUUUUGACUUUUGACAUGAUUUUGAUUGAUAUCUUUGUGUUCUUCUUGUAGAAAUAGUCUGCAUUUCUCUUCAGAAUCAUUCUUGUUUUUCAUUCCAUGACUGUAUGAACUUAUGCAUUUCUGGAUUGGGAUUUUUCCUUUUUCAGGGCACCUUUGUCUUUUCA